AUGGCUAAAGCAAAACAACUAUUUCCUAAUUUUGAACAACAACAAGACGACUUUGAAACUUUGUUUUACUUUGGAACAAGUGACGACGAAGACACUAUAACACUCGAAAAAAGAGACUUCAUAUUUAACAUGAUUUCAAAAAAUUUGGACCCAAGAGGAAUGAUGCCAACUGUAGAAGACAUGUGUGAAGUUGCUUAUAAAAUAGCGACUUUUGGAGGAAAGAAAGGACUUGAUAUUGAAGACUACAUGAGGAUUCGACAGAAAGUUACCGACGAAGAAAUUACAAGAGAAGAGGCUUUGGAAUCGUAUGAAUAUUAUGACAUCUAUAAAGACAAUAUACUCAAUAAUGUGGCGUUUGUUAAUAGUGUCAAUGAAGAACAGCCGAUUGACGAGACUGACCCUCCUCUAUUAGUUGAUAGAAAGAUGAAGAGAUAUGCGUAUAAAGUGCUUAAGAGAGAAGACAAAGAUCACUCAAAUGUAUUUGGGCGCGAGAAGUUCUUAAAGGCGAUGAAAAGUGUGAUUUUGGAGAUGGAAAGUAACGUGACUGAAAAUGAUGAGAAUUUACUAUUGUUUAUUUAUAAAUUGAAAGAACACAACAAUGAGAUUGAUUCGGAAACAUUUAUGAAUUUGGUUGUGACUUGCUUAAUAUGUUUUAAUGAUGUAAUGGAGGAAGAUACUUUAAAUAAUAAAGAUAUACUGGAAUCUGUAUUUCUUUGGUUUGUAGGCAAAGAUAAAAAAUUUAUGUCAUUAGAAAAACUCGACUUUGUUCUUGAAAAGCUUAAUAUGUCAAUUAAUAACGAAAAUAUUAUUGAAUUUUUAAAGCAAAGUGGUUGUGAAACUGGUAUAUUUGUUAACGAUUUUAUCGAUUUGUUUGAAUGGUUGGGAAUUUAA